AUGCAAUUGCAAAAUCUAUUAUUGGCUGUUGUCAUUGCCUCGAGGAAUGUCGAAGCGUGGUCGCCUUCAAACAGCUAUGCUCCAGCAAAUGUUACUUGUUCAGAUGAUAUUAACUUACUUAGAGAAGCAUCCGAUUUAUCACAAGAUGAAAAAGACUGGUUAAAGAAAAGAGAUUCUAUAACAACAGAAUCUUUGAAGGCCUUUUUAGAAAAAUCCACUAGGAAUUUUUCAGAUACAUCUCUCUUGAAUCAAUUAUUCGGAGAUAAUAGUACAAAUGUUCCAAAAAUCGGUAUCGCAUGUUCAGGUGGUGGUUAUAGAGCCAUGUUAAGUGGUGCAGGUAUGUUAGCUGCUAUGGAUAAUAGAACCGAUGGCGCCAAUGAAUAUGGGUUGGGUGGUAUCUUACAAAGUUCUACAUAUUUAUCAGGGUUAUCUGGUGGUAAUUGGUUGACUGGUACUCUUGCAUGGAAUAAUUGGACUUCUGUUCAAGAUAUAAUCAACAACAUGACAGUAAAUAAUUCUAUUUGGGAUAUUACCAAUUCCAUAUUUAGUACAACUAGUAUGCAAAAUUCAAGUGAUGGAAGUGUAUGGGAUCAAAUUGCAGAAGACGUUAAGGCAAAACAAGAUGCUGGUUUCAAUAUUUCAUUAGCAGAUAUUUGGGGUAGAGCACUAGCAUAUAAUUUCUUCCCAGAUCUUCACCAUGGUGGUGAUGCUUAUACCUGGUCAACUUUAAGGGAUUCUGACGUCUUCAAAAAUGGUGGAAUGCCUUUCCCUAUUUCCGUUGCAGAUGGUAGAUACCCAGGAACCACUGUUAUCAAUUUAAAUGCAACUGUAUUUGAAUUCAAUCCCUUUGAAAUGGGUUCAUGGGAUCCAACCUUGAAUACUUUCACAGACGUUAAAUAUUUGGGAACGAAAGGUAAUGGGAUUGCGUUGAAAAGAGUAGCAGAGGUCCCAAUAACAAAACCGGCGUUAUCAAAACCAGCGAUACAUUGGCCUUCAGUUACUGGUUUACCAUUGGAGACAUUAAGUAGUAGUAUAUUACCACAGUCAUUGAGUACAUUAGGUGUUGAUUUCUUAUCCGAUGUAACAGAUACCUAUAACGAUAUUGCUCUUUAUUCUCCAAAUCCAUUUAAAGAUGCAGCUUUUAUCAAAGGAAACCAUUCAAAAAGUAUUGUAAAUUCCCCUGAUUUAUUCUUAGUUGAUGGUGGUGAAGAUGGACAAGGUGUUCCUUUAGUUCCCCUAUUAAAGCAAAACCGUGGUUUAGACGUUGUUUUUGCCUUAGAUAGUUCAUCUGAUACUAAUUCAAAUUGGCCAGAUGGUACUAGUUUAACAAAAACAUAUGAUCGUCAAUUUACUAGUCAAGGGGAAGGAAUGGCAUUCCCAUACGUCCCAGACCAAGAUACUUUCAUCAGUGAAGGUUUAAAUAUGAGACCAACAUUUUUCGGUUGUGAUGCUGCUAAUUUAACUGAUUUGGAAUAUAUCCCACCUUUAGUUAUUUAUAUUCCUAGUGCCAGACAUUCAUUCAAUGCUAACACAAGCACUCUUCAAUUAUCAUAUACUCCAGCUCAACGUUUAUCUAAGAUCCAAAACGGUUUCGAAUCCACUACAAGAGGUAAUUUUACUGAUGAUGAAAACUUCUUAGGUUGUGUCGGCUGUGCUAUCAUGAGACGUAAACAAGAAAGCCUCAAUGAGACUUUACCAUCUGAAUGUAACCAAUGUUUCGCUGACUAUUGUUGGGAUUAUAAGGUUGCAAACUCAGGUGUGACAAAUACUACUGGUACUACAAAUGCUACACUUUCCUCCAAUACUUCACUAGCUUUGAUCAAUAGAAAUAGCACUUCAAGUGUAAUUGCUCCUUCAUCAACCAGUGUGGUAGCUAAUAAUGUCUCUCAAACAGCAACUUCCAGUACUUCAGCUUCAAGCAAUGCUGCUAUAAGUAAUAUUCAGAACUCCAAACCAGUUGCCUUCAUGAUUACGUUAUUUAGCAUUGUUUUCCCCCUCCUUUAG